AUGGUGGUUAGGGUUUCGAGUUCAUCCCCAAAGCUUGAUUCCCUCCCUCCUUCUACCUUUGCUAUUAUGGGCGCGCCCGAUAAAUCGCAAGCCAACGUUAAUUCCAUGCAGUUCGAGCUUCGAUUUGAUUUAUUUGUUGAGUCGGUGAUGGAGCUGGAGGCAUUUGGAAUAAAUAAUUUUAUGUUACAAAAUGCUUCCACUCACUCCUUAGUUCUUCAUUGCAGUAAGGUUUCCUGCUCAUCUUACUCUGCUGCCACUGCAAUGGUUACUUACACGAAGGAAGAAGCGCCAACUUGCCAAAAAUCACUGUCAUCAGAUCCCAUAAAGGAGCAUUUGCAUCAACAUGAAGAGGCUUCAAAGUAUGAUCACAGGAUUUUGGGAGUGAAACAAGAGCUUAUUAUUCAUCAUGAGUGGAGCCCGGGAAGCUGGUUUUUUCUUCCACAUGGUGCUCGGAUCUACAACAAACUCAUGGACUUCAUUCGAUAUCAAUACAGGGAUACAUGCUAUCAAGAGGUUAUGUCCCCAAAUGUAUUCAACAUGGAUCUGUGGAUGCAAUCUGGUCAUGCAAAACAUCAUAAAGAGGAUAUGUUUCUCUUAGAGAUUGACAAACAGGAGUUUGGUUUGAAACCAAUGAAUUGCCCAGGGCACUGCUUGAUGUUUAAGCACAGGGUUCGAUCGUACAGAGAACUUCCUCUUCGCUUCGCUGAUUUUGGCGUUUUGCAUCGGAAUGAGGCCAUUUCUUCUCUGCAUGGAUUAACACAUACUAGGAGAUUUCAGCAGAUAAAAGAUGAAGUCAUAAACGCCUUGAACUUCGUGGAUUAUGUCUAUGAAAUAUUUGGUUUCACAUAUGAAGUGAAACUUUCAAUAGUAUGCUUUUACUCUUUAUUGUUCUCAAUGUCCAUCACUUGGAAGUAUUGA